UGUGUCACUGCGUAUUUAAUGUUAGUGCGAUUUAUUUUCUCACCUAGGGCAGUGAAACCUCAUUUCGUGUGGAAUGCACAUCAAAUGUCAUAUCGAUGUUUAAUUCGAUUACAAAGCCUCUUUUCAUAGUGAAUUUAACUGUGAUCGAUGAAAGCGUUUACGUCUAUUACGAUUAGAGACGAGCAGUAUUUUGGUUCAAAACACACUUGUCACUUUCUACGUAUAUAUACGAUAUUAAUAUCAUAUUCUGACAAUUAUAUUUAAGCGUUAUUUCGUUCAUUUUGCACUGGUUCGUUAAAAUACAUUAACGAGAGGAGAAUAAUGCAGAGAAAAAUAUAUCGAUGAAAUAAUCUCGAGAAUUUUGCUUAUUUUCUUCAGCAUUCAUUUCAUGAGUGUUUUUCAAUCAAGCUGUUAAAAUGGAAGAAGAGCAAUCCUUUCAACCAAUCUUGAGCUCUCAAGAAGAAGACAAUUUUCAGCAGUUGAACACUGUGCCAAUUGUAUCCAUGUCACUUUUGCUUGGAAUUUCAUUGGAAAUUACUGGGAUUGUGUUUGUGUCUGUCUGGCCAGAAGAGCAAAACAAAUGUGACACGUAUUUUAUAUACUUAUAUUUACAUUGUGCCUAUUGGCUGAUAGUCAUGGUGACGGAUCAUGUUGUUAAAGCAAGGCAUCAUAAAUUGCGUAUUGAUGGAUAUUUAGAUUUCUAUCAAAUAACAUAUCGACUUAUAAGGAUACCUCUUUUCAUUACAUCGUUAUGGAACACAUGCUAUUUGCUACUUGCUGUGAUUCUACAUCACACACACAAAAUUGACUAUGAGCGAUACUGCAAGACAUCAGAAUGGUUCACACCUCUGAACUACAUUUUUGUUCUAACUAAUUUGGAACUUGUGAUAAUUGUGCCCGCUUACAUUAAUUAUAUCAAAAGAGUUAUGAGAUUCAAUCAGUUACGUCCAUUGCCCGACGUUACUCGCGACGAAUGGCUGUCAUCCUUUACACAGGAUUCUUAUUCUGGAAUGGGAGAAAUUGGUUAUCACGAAAGGGGAACAAAUAUGGAAGAAUUGCUGGAAAAACAAGCAGAUCUAAUAAGAUAUUUAAGAGAUCACAAUAUAAAUCUAAGUCACAGGAUAAUGCUAUUAGCAUCUCAACGUAGAGCAAUGGAAUCAUGAGAUAAGAAAAGUUAUGACUACAUAUCAUUCUUAUGAAGCAUAUGUAUAUAUAUAAAAAAACAGGAUUAAUUAUUUAUAAUUAUGUUAUUAUAUUGGUCA